AUGUGGUCUUUAUCAUCUGAUGUACAAAAUCAUUGUGUUGAAGCUAUAAUGAGUCUUUACGAAACAAUGACUAAUCAUACAACACAAGUUAUUGAAUGUCUUAAUAAAUUAUAUGAUUUAAUACCUGAUGGAAUAAUUACAUAUGAAAUUUGGGACAAUAUAAUGUCUUAUUCAAUGGAAUCAAUUCGAUUAGAAGUACCAGAAAAUGAUUAA